UUAUAUAUAAUUCCCACGACACUAGAACAAAGUACUCAUCAUCUCAACAAAAUUCAAAUAGAAGAGCUAGCCUCCAUUGCUAUCCCAACUCCCAAGAAAGUUGAAUACACAUAAAUAAGAGAUGGGCUUCUGGUCUGCUGAGAAUGCUACAAAUGCCUACCUCAAAACCGUGAGAAUGGGCAAAAAGGCAAAAGAGCCAGAUGUAGCUGAGUUCAUCUCAGCAUUAGCAGCAGGAAGGAACGCACAACUAAUGGUUGUGUCAUGUGACGGUUCCGCCAUUUCCACCGUGCAAGCACUAGUGGCUGCAGCUCACCAAACUGGUGGUCGCGUGAUUUGCAUCCUCCGUGAUCACAAAGAAUUGCAAAUAUCCAGACAAGUCCUAGGCUUGGAUGCCUGUCACAUUGAGUUUGUUAUCGGAGAAGCUCAAAAUCUUUUACAAAGCAAAUAUAGUGAAGCAGACUUUGUGCUUAUUGAUUGUAACCUGGAGAACCAUGAAGGGAUUCUUGGAGCAGUUCAAGCUAGAGGGAAGCGAAAUGGUGCAGUUGUUGUGGGGUACAAUGCAUUGACCAAAGGAUCGUGGUGGUCCAGUGGGUCAAAAACCCAACUGCUGCCCAUAGGAGAAGGAUUAUUAGUAACAAGAAUAGCUGCAAGUGCCAAGAUUGGAAAGAGGAGCAGUCACUGGAUUGUUAAGGUAGAUAAAUGCACAGGAGAAGAGCACGUCUUCAGAGUCAGAUUCCCUCAUGGGAAACAAAUUGAAGCUUGAACUUUCUAUUAAUGCUUCCUUGGGUGCGUCGUAGCAAAUUAAAGUUUUUCCAUUUUCUUGCCAGGCCUGCCAGAGGAAACUUGAGGUGUUAACUGUAAUCUAGAGUAGUAUACAUAUAUGAGUUAGUUCCUUAAAAGAGUUGCAUAUAAGAUGUAAAUAGCCAUCUGGACACCUCCAGCAACCUUAAUUUAAUGGUUAAUUUACUUGAAAUAUUUGAAUUUACGUGUUUAUGAAUGUUAAUUUAAUUGGAA